GGUUGAGCUGGUGUGUCGUCCAGGGGAAACAGUAGUAGUUAGACGAUUAUGGAGGAAGUCGGUUUCAAGGCUGGGGAGGAGGUGGCGUUUGGCAGUGGAGUAGAGAGACUCAUGUUUCCAGUCCACACGUCACCCACGAGACUUGGAAUAGAACAGGGACUUCGUGGAGAGCCUCACAGAGGACCUGGCUGCUAUACUGGUGACCUGUUGAGUGAGUUUCUGAAGCCACUGGACUCGGUCCCACGCAGCAGACGUGGCUGGUACUUUGGAGCUCAGCUCACCGGUCGACCGUCUCUGGUUCGCAACAAUGCCGUACCGGGCCCGCCAGACUACCAGACCGUACCGGUCUGUCACGGUGGUGGUCAGAACAAGGCAGCGUUCAACUGCGUCAAUCCACGAUGGACCGAGAGAGAUGAGGACUUUAGAGAUCCAGGGCCGGGGACAUACGAGCACAGUGUGACACAAGGACGUCAGGUGGAAAUGGACGAAGCUUUCGGCUACAGCAGAAAGAUUCGCAACGGCGUCGUGAUGAAGUGCACUAAUGGGAUCCCAGAAGAGUGCAGUCAUUGCAAGCAGGAGACGGUUGGAGACUAUUUCCAGAGAGGAAAGAAGAUCCUCUGCAGCAAAUGUCACCAAGAACAAAGGACAAACACAACUUCUAGCAAAAAGGAGGCAAAGUAUGAGAAGGUAAGGGAUUGCACUGGAGUUCACCAUCACAAGUUUCCAGGAAAAGACCCAAAGAUCAUGUUGAAGAGUGAGAGUGAACUAAAGAAGAAGAGCAGAAAAGAGGCAUAUUUCAGACUCUAUUACUCUGAUUAAAACGUCUGGUUACAACUUAGGCAUAACUUUUUUUAUAAUUAUGUGAUUUAAUAUUCGAUACAAUUUACGUGAUUUAAUAUUCGACAUGUCGUACAUCAUUAUUCGAUUCUUCAGAAACGUUUGUGUCUUCUUUUGUCCCAGUUUUCUCUUUCCCUACUGGGGGUUCAGCCCCUUUAAUGAGCAGUUCUUCUUCUGAACGUUGUGCACUCAACAGUCUCUGCUUUGUGCUGUAGAAAUCGUGAAUCUGAAGAGAUCCAAGCCACUGCAUCAUUGACAUAUCAUCGAUCUCAGUGUCAAUGAUAUUCUGAUGUAUGAACUGUCUCUUGAACUCAUCAACUCUCUCAGUGCAUUCCUUCCAGUCCAGUGCCUCGUGGGAUCCGUCAGAGCCAAACUUCUUGUUGUAGGCAUCGAAAAACACCUGUGUAACCCACCAGUACAUUUGAAUGGAUGCGUCGAUCACGAACCACUGUAAGCUAGCAUUUACCUAAGUGCACACCGAAACUCCUGAAAGAUGUGGUAGGUGGGGACAUUAUACAUUAUACAUUGAGGAAAAGUGAGUUGGUUUGAAUAUAUACAAGCCAGAGCCCUUUCCACUUGCAGCUAUAUACAGUACUUGAUUACAUACAUAUAGCUGCAUGCAUCAAGGGAUUAGGAAUGUUGAAUGUGUGCACACAACCUCUCCUGACAGAGUGGCGUGAUUGUAAGGACAGUAUUCAUUGAUAGUGCGUGCCUCCCACUCUGUGGACCAAAGCCAUGAAUAUUGUCCUCAGUGGGUUUUUGGGUUGUAACUAUGUUUCCGGUUCGGCAAACACUUUUCAACCCAGAGUGCUGCCCUGUCUCCACUCUCUGC